AUGCAAGGAAGGUACGAGGUUCAUAUAUCAGGGGCAACGUUUUCCCACAUUGUAUCCUCUGUGCUGAGCUUGCGUGCCGCUACAAAGCGAAACUAUGCCUUAUUUGGCCAUUAUGAACUUGGUGAAAGCGACACUGACACUACAGAAAAUUCGACGUUGCUGCAGAUAGCUGUAACAACAAUAGUGCCCUUGGAAGUGCCGCCCCCUCCGGGUGCUGUCUUUUUGGGUUAUGUAUCCGCUCGAAAGUGUGCACCACACAAGCUUUCCUUUGAAGACACUAGACUGCUGCUUGGGGAAAACAAUGAGGUUGACUCCAGACGCGAAAGUGGCGUUUCCGCAUACCCAUUAUUAUUGCUCUUGGUGACUGCCUCCCCAGAUUCGUCGCCUACAAAUGGCACAAGUAAGUUAGACUACUCUGUUUUCCGAUCUAUGUGCCCUGCCGAUUCUGGGAAAUCUCUUCUUACCAAUAAAAAUGUCAUUCCGCUGAAGGUUGAUAACAUGAUUGACUCGCUUUCAGGCUUCCUAAGCAUUAGUUGUUUGGGGUGUCAUAACCCAAGUGAUGGCUUGCGUUUUCCUUCCUGUCGGAAUUGUUCAGUGGUUGCUGAAGCUGCCUUUGAGCAAUCUGUUUCAACCCUAAAAGAUGCCAGUAGCAAAUUACAAUUGCUCUUACAGCGUCUAACGGACAUGGAAAAGGCUCUUUCCGGAAAGAAGAGAGCCCAUUGA